UUAACCUUGUGUGAACAGUAAACCUAAACCUUUCAAACUUGAUAUUCUUCAGUAUUGUACAUUUGUCGUUUGCCUUUAAUGUAGUCAACAUGGACAAAAUAAGUAAAUUCAUUUUGCAAGAUGUAUGUGAUGUUUUAGAUACGUACAGGGGUAGAGAUAAGUUUAUUCGUACGCUAUGUUACACUUCAAAAUUGAUUGGUAGCUGUACUUGCGAUGAAGUAUUAGCCAAAAGGUGCCAAACUUUCAGUUCGCAAAUGUCCGCUACCCGAGCGGUUUUACGAUUGUUUGACGACUUGCCCAUGUUGAGACAUUCCUUGCAAUACGGCUUAGGAAAACAGGAACCCGAUCAGUUUAUGGCUUCUGUGGGUGUUGUGGGCAACAUUGUAGAUCAGUUAUACUUUCCAGUUGAUAAAAUAGCGUGGCUUGCAGAUCUUAAACUUAUUAAUGUUGAAAAUAGUAAAUUUUGGGAAACUGCCAGUACAGCCAUAUAUGUUGUUUCUCUUUAUUUAAAUCUUAUAAGAACGGUGCGAUAUCUAAAUGUAUUACACAAGCACAAGGAAUGUGUAAGCAGUGAGGCUGACAAAAGCGCCUUAACAAAACUGAUUGUUACCGAACAAACAGAAUAUUUAACAUUUAUACGUUUAGCACUUGAUCUUGUUCAUGCUGUUAAUUGCCUGCCAUCUGGUUUUCUAUGGUCAUCUAAAUUAAACUCGUGGCAGGUUGGAGUAGUAGGAACACUAUCAUCGUUAGUAGGAUUGUAUCAAAUGUUUGCAAAGAAACAUGCAACUGAAUGAGGUAUUUCUAAGUUCCUUCCAUUGUAUUAAGUGUAGAUAGAAAUAAGUUACCACCAUAAAUUGUUUUUAUUUAUUCAAUUAAAUAUAAAUUUGUAUAUAUUUGAA